AUGCAGAUCUUUGGAUGGGCAUUCAUCUUGGAAGCAGUCGCCAUUACAGCCGUCAAUGCUGCAACCAUCGUCAUAUUCACCAGGACGAACCGUCUUCACAGCAAACAGUACAUUAUGAUUAUCAGCCAGGCUGUAGCUGAUCUCUUUGUUGGUCUAGUGGCUAUUCCAGUGUUUGGUGUUUCACUUGCACUAAACGAAGAUCCACGCACCUCUUCGACGUUUAAACAAGUGUUUCUUACGACAGAUAGUCUGUUUGUAGUAGCUUCCAUGGUUGGUUUGGCAGCGUUGGCCAUUGAACGAGCACAUGCAACAUACUUUCCAUUCAGACACUCCACAUUAUCUAAAGGACCGUACAUCAUCGGGAUAAUUUUGAUGUGGGCAGCUCCAAUCUCCGUGGCUGUUCUAUAUACCAUUUUCGACCCGCCAGAUGCAGUAAACAGCAAACUUGCAGUUACUGUUCUUGCAGUUGUAAUAAUUGUUUCAGCUUAUUCUCUCAUCGUUUUCAAAGUCCGCUACCGAACCACUCAAGCCCAUGAUGUAACCAUCCAAGAAAACAAGAAACUGACUGUCACUCUUGCUGUUGUAACUACACUAAGUCUGGUCAUGUGGCUGCCCUUCCAAUGCCUGGGAAUGGCUGGUGUCCUCAAAGGUUCUUCUCCUUUCAUCUACUUUCCUGCGAAAUUUCUCCAAUAUGGCAACUCGCUCGUUAAUUCCGUUGUCUACGCKUUUCGUAUGCGUGAAAUAAAAAGAGAAAUCUUGCGUACAUUCCUGUGCUGUCGAAACAAUCAAAUCUCGAUAAAUAACGAAACACUGCCUUAGUUGAGACGAUAGAAAUGAGUUGGAAAUGAUUUAGUAUCAUAUGGAAACAGACAAAGAAACAUUUUGGCUUUUUGACGUACAGCAGUCAUAGAAAUGUCUUUGUUUUGACUUUUUUGGAUUUACCAAAAAAAACCUUCAAGAAUCUAAUUGUGCUUCUAAUUGUCUUCCUGUUUAAAGAGGUGACUUUUAAAACGAAGGUUGUACACAUAUCCGGGAAAAUGUAUCUUCAUUUAUAAUAUAAAUAGCGAUCAAACACAAACGCUUUCCACUAGUUGUUUCAUACAAUGAUAAGAMGCCAUAGUACAAUGAUAAGAAGAUCAGAUGUUCAGUGACCAAAUAAUCAGGCAUGGCUCGGUUUUCUCCAAAUUUUAGUGAUGGCAAGUCGUGAAUUCAGCUGUUGGUCUGACCUGUCACUCGGGUAACAAACGCUUUAUAUGAUAGACAGCUAAUAUACAUCGCCAGGAAAAGUAAAACCAUAGCCGACUAUUAUUGCAAAUAAAAAAGAUUCACUUGUAAAUGAUGAAGAUUGUACAAAUAUUGUAAAACAGUGUAAAAAAAUCUGAGAUUUAA